AUGGAAAGUUGGGAGGAAACGGACAUAUUGUGGAAAUCGAUGAAACCAAUUUACCCUUUGGUCUUUGCUCAAAGGGUUCCUAAUCGCACAGCGAAAACUCUCGUUCCGAUUUUGCAAGCAUCGGUAGAUCAACAUUCAACCGUGUAUAGUGAUGAGUGGAGAAGUUAUUCACAAUUGAAGCAUAAUUUCUCCGAACAUUAUACUGUUGCCAUAAGAUACAAUUUUCUGGUUGGAUCGCGUCGUGUCUGCACGAAUGGUGUGGAGGCAAUGUGGAGCCGCCUAAAAGCUCCUUUCAAAUCCGGAAAAGGCACAAGUCAACCGCUAUUGGACAGCUACAUCUCAGAGUUUGUUGUUCGCGAAAACGAAAAAGACGGAUUUUUCGGAAAAAUUUUGAACCAGAAGAAAUCGAAAAUUGUUUGA